UAGUUUACCACGUCGAUUUUGUAUGACAAGUCAAUACCUACAUAAUUUUGUUCAUAAUCAAAGGGCAGCGAUUUUGCAUAUAUUGUUUUGUAUAAGUUCACUGAAGUAUAUCGUUUAUUCGUGUGAUUAUGUCGAUAUUAAUGAUUUAAACAUAAAAACAUCGGUUAACCAUGAAUCUCUAUAUAUAUUUGCAGUGUGUCUUUGUGAAUCAAUUUCUAUUCGCGUACGGAAGAGGUCAUGGCGACACGUAUGAUCUUUACGUUGCCGACAACAAUGGCAUCGCCGACGGCUUGCCGAUGGUGCCACAGGGCUACAAAUACGUGCCGCUGAUCAAAGUCAUAGCCAAUUACGAUCCGAACAAGUACCGCAUAACGUCGUACGGAGCAGCGAUUUACGGUUUGAACGACGGCGGACUGUUGAGGAAGAAACGCGGCUUCUUCUCGUCGGUCAGCAAUCUGUUCAAGCAGAGCGACGUGCAGCCAACGGAUCCUCCGACAGUCACCGCGGCCACCGCGACCGAAAUCGACGGUGACGUCAAGACGGUGAAGACGACUGACGGCGCUGUCGUUGUCACGGACGAGACGGUGGACGACGACGCUGACUCGGGUCAGACGACUACGAUGGACAGUCUCAAAUCGCAACUGGUGAACAUCGUGGACGUCGGCAAGGACGUGCAUAACAGCCUGGUGGUGGCCGCGCCGUACCUGCCGAUCGUGUUCAAGGUGGCCACGUUCGUGGUGCCCAGCCUGUCGACCUACCAGGUGCUCGUGUUAUCCGUGAACGUGGCGACCGUGACGGCGCAAGCGCUCCAGGACUACUGGGACGGCAAGGAAGUUUCGCAUGACGCCAUCCAAAAACUGGUCAUGGAAACUUUGUUGAGCAAACGCGAUACAGGGGCUACGGUUCAUCAGUACGCAACAAAUAUGUAUGGCUCGUUCAAAAAUCUUCUAUCUAGUUUUGGACAUCAAAAAGAAAACGCUAAUUCGUCGCCCGAAAAAGAAACACUUGAAGAAAUGUCACACAUUGAAAUACCCGAGAUAAAAAAUGAUGUUCAAGAAGUUCAAACAGUUGUGACAAAGAAGUUUGUAAACGGUGUUGAAAUUCCCGAAAUUGAGUCAAUCGUCGCAAAAAAUGGUCAUGUAAUAAAACGUAAAUUAAAAAAUGAUGAACUGAUAACUGCUGAGCCGAUAGAAGAUAGUUUUUUUAGUAUUCUAAAAAAUAAAAUUACCACAUUUAUAAAUAAAAUCAGAAAUAGCGAAAGUUCGACUAGUAGUGCAAGUGAUGAUUGUAGCAAUGAUUCGGAUUUCAUUGAAUUCAUGGAUGAUAUGAAUGACGAGAGUGAUUCAAAUAACUCAGAAGAAUCAGAUGAACCAAUAGAAAUAAAUCAAGAAUUAUUUGAUAAAGUUUUAGAACAAGCUAUGAACCUUCAACCUGAAGAGAUAAAAAAUAAAAACGACGAAGAAUUGGUGAAAUACAUUGAUAAUUACCAAACACACUUUUCAGACCACUUUAUAGAAUCGGAAUUCGAUCCUAAAAAUGUAUUUGACUUUUUGGUAAAUUCAAUGAAAUUCGAUAAAAAUGUAACUAAAAAUCAGAAAAAAGAAUUGGUCACGAUGCUUGGUAAAGUUACGAAUUAUUUUAUAGAUAAAAAUCUUGAAAAUAAUGAUGAAAAUUAGAAAAUUAAAAAUUAAUUGUUAUGUA